AUGGAGACUCCAGCGGUUGAUGUCGAUAAUAUUAUCGAUAGAUUAUUAGAAGUAAGAGGUUCCAAACCGGGACAACAGGUCGAUUUGGAAGAGCACGAAAUUAGAUACUUGUGUUCCAAGGCCAGAUCCAUAUUCAUCAAACAGCCUAUCUUACUGGAACUAGAAGCACCCAUCAAGAUAUGUGGUGAUAUUCAUGGUCAAUAUUAUGAUUUGUUACGUCUAUUUGAGUAUGGUGGUUUCCCACCAGAAUCCAAUUAUUUGUUUUUAGGUGAUUACGUCGAUCGUGGUAAACAAUCCCUAGAGACAAUUUGUCUUCUGUUGGCUUACAAGAUCAAGUACCCUGAGAAUUUUUUCAUUCUAAGAGGUAAUCACGAAUGUGCGUCGAUUAAUAGAAUUUAUGGUUUUUACGAUGAGUGCAAGAGACGUUAUAACAUCAAACUAUGGAAGACUUUUACAGAUUGUUUUAACUGUUUACCAAUCGCAGCUAUUAUCGAUGAAAAGAUUUUCUGCAUGCAUGGUGGUCUUUCUCCAGAUUUGAACAGUAUGGAACAGAUUAGAAGAGUUAUGAGACCAACGGAUAUACCUGAUGUCGGAUUGCUUUGUGACUUGUUAUGGUCCGAUCCUGAUAAGGAUAUUGUUGGUUGGAGUGAAAAUGAUAGAGGUGUUUCGUUCACAUUUGGUCCCGAUGUGGUUAAUAGAUUCUUACAGAAACAGGAUAUGGAACUUAUUUGCAGAGCUCAUCAAGUGGUAGAAGACGGUUAUGAGUUCUUCAGUAAGAGACAACUGGUAACAUUAUUCAGUGCUCCAAACUAUUGUGGUGAAUUUGAUAACGCUGGUGCGAUGAUGAGUGUCGAUGAGAGUCUACUAUGCUCUUUCCAGAUUUUGAAGCCAGCUCAGAAAAGCUUACCAAGACAACAAGGUGGUAGAAAGAAGAAAUAG